GGUACUGCACGUGCUGCAGCUGAGAAUUCAAAGUGUUUCGAUGCAGCUUGAAACCUUAUACCAGCGAAAAGUAAACGCAGCGUGAACAAGGAUACUACACGUUAUUCGUGUUUCACCCCCAGCCUCACGGAUACGGGUCCGGGUCCGGGUCCGAGUCAGCUGAGCGCCGCGUUUAUUAAUAUUCACACUGCGCUACUUCCUACUUCCUCGAGUCGAGGCAGAGCAGAGGCUCCUCGCCGGACACACGGCCACGGAGAAACACACACCGCGAACGCGUUCCGACACAACUGAAGCGCUCGAAAAUUCUGAGGAUGGCGCUAGCCGGCGGCUCGGACUCCGAGGAGGACGGCAAGACGGAGACGUUCCUGCUGCGAGCCGUGAAGAUCGCCUUCGUGGUGGCGCUCUACUGGUUCGUGUCCAUCACCAUGGUGUUCCUCAACAACUACCUGCUGGACAGCCGCGAGCUGAACGCGCCGCUCUUCGUGACCUUCUUCCAGUGCGUCGUGUCCGUGUUGCUCUGCCUGGCCAUGAACGCGCUGUCGGCGCUCUGUCCGAACCUCGUGGACUUUCCCUCGGUGCGCUUCGACCCGAAGGUGUCCCGCGAGGUGCUGCCGCUGUCCGUCGUCUUCAUCGGCAUGAUCACCUUCAACAACCUGUGUCUGAAGCACCUGGGGGUGGCUUUCUACACCGUGGGCAGGUCGCUCAGCACCGUGUUCAACGUGCUCCUGUCCUACCUGAUCCUGAAGCAAACCACCUCUGUGUACGCGCUGCUCUGCUGCGGGGUUAUACUAGGGGGCUUCUGGCUUGGUGUGGACCAGGAGGGGGCACAGGGAUCACUUUCCUGGUCUGGGAUUCUAUAUGGGGUCCUGGCCAGCAUGUGUGUGUCCCUAAAUGCAAUCUACACAAAGAAGGUGAUGCCAGUGGUGGACGGAAGUAUAUGGAAGCUGUCAUACUACAACAACAUCAACGCCUGCGUGCUCUUUGUGCCGCUCAUUUUAAUCUUUGGUGAAAUGGCGAAAGUGUACAGUUCCACUCGACUAGGUGACUGGCAUUUCUGGGGUAUGAUGACAGUGGGAGGUGUGUUCGGCUUUGCCAUCGGCUACGUUACAGGCCUUCAGAUCAAGUUCACAAGCCCGCUGACGCACAACGUAUCAGGCACAGCUAAGGCCUGCGCGCAGACAGUAUUGGCAGUCAUCUUCUCUGCCAGCAUCAAGAGCUUCUUGUGGUGGACAAGUAACAUGAUGGUCCUGGGUGGCUCCUUUGCUUAUACCUGGGUAAAAGGGAUGGAAAUGAAAAAGGUCCAGGAAGAGCCGCAGUGCAAGACCAAAGCAGAAAAAAGUGGCUCCGGUGUAUAACGGAUGCAAACGUGAGCUCAUGAUGUGAAAUGAAUGUUUCAACCAGGACCUCAUUUAUAAUUACUUUGAAGGAUUGAUGGCCUUACUCUCUUAAUGAGGAUUGUUAAAAAAUUGUUUGCAAAUAGAUCUUUUUUUAAAAAAUAAAAAAUAUUUUAUAUAUAUGUAUAAAAUUAAUACAGUGGCGAGAGACUAUUUUACAGGGUUGGUGCACUUUUAUUUUUUCGUCUGAAGAUGAUCUGUCUGAUUCACCAGUUUAUUUAUAUUGGUUAUAAGGUUUAUAUUUGGAAAUAAUUUUGGUUUACAUGUCGGAUGCAAAGGACAUGUUGGAAGUUUCAAACUGAGUUUUUCUUUGCGUUGAGCAAUAAAUGGUCAGAUUUUCAUUAGCUGUAAUUUUAAUGUAUGUUCCUGACAAGAAUUUUUUGUUAAGCUGGUGGAACCGCUUACAGAAAAUUGACUGAAAAAAGGAAUUUUCCAUGUAUACAUUGUAUACCAGCGUUUUUGGAGUGAACACAAAAGAACAAUCUAAACACUAUGGGUUAAAGCUUUUAUCUUUUCUGGUUGUGGAUAAAAGUUGAAUUAAGGCUUUUAUGUUUCAUCUGAGAUGGUUUUUAAAAGAGAAAAAUAUUAUUUUGAAC